AUGGCAUUCUGGUAAGUACCUUCAAAUCCCUUUGUCUAUUCCAGUGUAUCACAAGGGCAAGACUACCUUUCUUGUACUUGGACGAUAAUUGAGACCUCAUGAAUCUUACCUGAGACUGAAACUGAGAAACAGGACUGGUAUCCGGAAAGCCAUUCGCCACCCAAAAAAAACCUCCAAGCGCAAAAGUCCUCCCUCAAGCGAAGCAACGACCUCGGAACCUCCAAAUUCUCACCCAAACGACGACCAAGAAGAGCUCUAUUCAACCAUCGACAAUUGGCUAGAGAGCAUCAAAGACGCCCCAGCGCCCGGUCACCGUUUUGAUGGCCAUACACUAGGUCACCAAAGGCUUAUACCGAGAAAUCUUGCUAUGCUGGAUGCUGGUCUGAGACCUAUGCCGGUAUUUGGACCUGGGAAGUUGACACGGGAAAACCUGGAGAUGUUCAGUGAGGAAAUGGGACCUUUGGAGAGUGUUUGGGAGAUGUUUGGGUUGGAUGUUCCUGAGAGAUUUGUUGAGGGUGACGUUCGAGAGACUUCUGAGAGUGGUGCUACGACUGGCUCGAGUAGAUUAUCUGCUUGA